GUCCCCUACCCAGCAGUCUGUGCGCGAGCUCCUCCCAAAGACGUCAGUUUGUGAAUGGGUCGCGGGCGUCGGAAGUCGAAAUUCCCUUGAUUUUUUCCACAGGACGACAACUCAAGCGGGGUUGGAACAUGAUUCAGGGACCCAUGGACCCUCGGUGACCUGAAACAUCAAGAAAUUCCGGCGGUGAGCGGAAGGGAGAGACAAGAGAGUCCACGGAAGUUCGUUGGUACCUGACUGUCGGGGUAGCGCUCCUAACACAAAGAUGGCGCUGGCCAGCCUGGAUGACAUAGAUCUUCAGAGUUUGAAGGACCCUGCCGGUAUAUUUGAGCUGAUCGAGGUGGUAGGAAAUGGCACCUAUGGACAAGUGUACAAGGGUCGCCACACCAAGACUGGGCAGUUGGCGGCCAUCAAAGUCAUGGAUGUUACGGAGGAUGAGGAAGAAGAGAUCAAACUAGAAAUCAACAUGCUGAAGAAGUAUUCCCACCACCGGAACAUCGCGACUUACUACGGCGCCUUCAUCAAGAAAAGUCCACCAGGAAAGGACGACCAGCUAUGGCUUGUCAUGGAAUAUUGUGGAGCUGGAUCAGUCACAGACUUAGUCAAAGCAACAAAAGGAAACUCCCUGAAGGAAGAGUGGAUAGCCUACAUCUGCAGAGAAAUUCUUAGGGGACUGGCCCACCUGCACAGCUGUAAGGUGAUCCACAGAGACAUCAAGGGUCAGAACGUCCUGCUGACAGACAAUGCAGAGGUCAAACUAGUUGAUUUCGGAGUGAGCGCCCAGUUAGACCGGACUAUAGGCAGGAGAAACACCUUCAUCGGCACACCGUACUGGAUGGCGCCGGAGGUCAUCGCUUGCGAUGAGAACCCAGAUGCUACUUACGACUACAGGAGUGAUCUGUGGUCCCUCGGUAUCACAGCACUAGAAAUGGCGGAGUCUCAGCCACCUCUAUGUGAUCUUCACCCCAUGAGGGCUUUAUUCCUAAUUCCAAGGAACCCUCCUCCAAGAUUAAAAUCCAAGAAAUGGAGCAAGAAGUUUGUAAGUUUCGUAGAAAAUUGCUUGGUGAAAAACUAUCACCAGCGGCCCAGCACGGAGCAGUUACUGAAGCACCCCUUCAUACGAGACCAACCCACAGAGAGACAGGUGAGAAUACAACUGAAGGACCACAUUGACAGAUAUGUGAAGAAGAAGAAGGGGAGUCACACAGAGGAAGAGGAGUACAAGUACAGUGGGAGUGAGGGAGAGGAAGAUCCCACUCUGGAGAAGGAGGGAGAGCCAAGCUCUGUAGUGCAGGCACCAGGCGAGUCCACCCUCAGGAAGAACUUCCUCAAGCUGCAGCAGGAGAACCGUGAGCGGGAGGCCGCCAGGAUGCGGGCGGAGGAGGAGAGACGGAGACACGAGCGGGAGCGCGAGCACCAGCAGCGGCAACUGGACGAGAGACGGAAACGGCAGAAGCAGAUUGAGCACGAGCGCCAGCGUGAGAUGCAGCGUCAGCAGGAGCGGCUGGAGAGACAUCGUGUGGAGAAGGAGCGGCAGCGGGAGGGGCGGGGAGAUCGGGACAGAGACAGGCACAGGGACAGGGACAGACGUAGAGAGGGGAGGUCAGGACGGGACCAUAACCACAGACCUCAGCACAUGGCUAUCAACCAGCUGCAGAGGUCUGGGCAGCAGUCGCACAUGCAGCCUCCUCUACAGCCACAGCAGAUGAGACCCUCGUCGGGGAAAGAUCACUCGCGUAUCCCCCAGCCCAUGGUGGUUAGCCAGUCGCAGCCGGUUCCCCAGGUGGUUCCGCAGGUGGCGGCCUCCCCGCAGGUGCAGCAGGCGACUGGGCUGGUGGUGGGCAUGCCGCAGGAGGUCAAGGUCAUGCAGCAGAAGCCACAGAAACCCCUCUGGGCACAGCAGGUUGAGGAACGGACAAAAUUGAACGCACGCCACCUUCAGCGACAGAGUGCUGCUCCCCCCCAGAAGCCUCAGCAGCCACAACCUCAGGUGGAGCCACAGCCGAGCCAACAGUCCAGAAAGCAGCCCCAGCCACAGGUCCCCCCACCCCCCUUCCAACCUGCCCCUCCCCCCCAGCUGUCCCAGCCCUGGCAGUUACAGUCAGACGCCCUCUCCCCCCAGCGGGUCUCCGUCAACUUUCCCCCCUCCCAACCUCAACCCCAACAACCUCAGCCCAUGGUGGAGCCGCCGCCCCAGGGUCUCCCCCCUGCCCACCCUCAGUCACGGACUCCGCCCAAGGCCACAGCCUCCAAGGAAUCUCAGACUCCGCCCAGGUCCCAGCAGCCUUUGCCAAAAUCGGACUCUUCCAGAAUCCCUGUCCAGAGAGUUCAGCACACGCCCCCACAAGUCAGGCACCCAGGCAGGUCGCAGACGCCGCCCGAGGUGCGACACGCCACCAAGGACUUACCGGCUCAGCUAAGACGGUCUCUAUCUGACACCCCACCACCCGUCCCGCCCCACGGCGUCUCACGCGCCUCGCCACAGGCCACCCCGACGCAUUCAACGCGGUCGUCGCAGUCCUCCAGUUCGGACGAUGUUCCUCCGGAGUUGCCCCCUCGGAAUUACGAACCUCAGACACCUCCCCCUGUGCCCAAGCACUCUGCAAAGCCUAGUACGCCCCCCCAGUCUAGAGGGUCGCCGGCUCACAUCUCGGCUUCUAGCAGUGCCCAGAGCACUCCACCCAGCUCCAGGGUCGUCAAUGGGGCAGCAGCAUCACCAAAACAUGCUAAGAAAGACUCCUCCAGCCAGGCAGAUGCUGGGGAGGGCCCGUCUGGUGUUACGAAGGUCAACAGACCAAAGAAGGAAGUCUGUAACCCCCAGGACCUGGAGGUGUUAGCAGAGGAGCUCAGUGCCAUGGCGACGGCCAUCGAGGCCCCCAGCGUUCCCGCCAGACCGGCGCCCCCGCCCCCAGCGGGAGGGGAUGGGGAGGAGAGCGAAGAGGAAGACAGUCUGGACGACAUCUCGGAGAUCACUCGGGACGGGACCAUCCUGGCCUCCGAUCCUCCAAGACCAAUGUAUGUAGAUAACGACGCCAGACCUGAGGUGAAAGAAGAUGGCUUUGACACCCUGAUCGUGCACGAGGAUGAGGAAGAAAGCCAGGAGGUGUCGCCCGAGCACAGACCACGCCCUCCCUCCGCCCAGCCCUCCAUCUCAUCCGUCACCACGGCAACCACGACCACACCCACCCCCAGCGCACAGGACAACUCCAGCAAUGACAGCGACACUCUGGUGGUCAGAAAUCAGGGCUCUGGCGAGAGACGCGCCAACGGCUCGGUGGUGAACGCGCGCAGUUCCGGUGACGUCCUUCCGGACUUGCUUCCGCAGAGCCAGCACUCCUCGCCGUCCUCGGGCGCGAACAAGUCCGGGCAGGUGCCGCAGGACAAGACCACGUCUGAGGAGGUACGCAGAAAACCAAAGUACCGACAGGCGGUGGCCCCUAAAAAUAGCAACAACCUUGCCAAACAGAAAUCGUUCACGGCGUUCGGUUUUGGCGCGGGUGAUCGCAGGCCACAGCCGGGCGGGGAGGGGAGCUCCGCAGAGCGCACCCCUCCCCGCACCCCCGAGAGGAAGGGGUCACAGGUCAAUGUUAAUGUCACUCCCAUCAACCCCCAGCCGGACAUGCCCGAGAUCCGCAAGUACAAGAAGAGGUUCAACUCGGAGAUCCUCUGUGCUGCUUUGUGGGGGGUGAAUCUGCUGAUUGGGACGGAGAACGGACUGGUGCUGCUGGACAGGAGUGGACACGGAGAAGUUUAUCCUCUGAUCAGUCGGAGAAGGUUUCAGCAGAUAGAUGUUCUAGAAGGGCAGAACAUCCUAGUGUCUAUAUCAGGGAAGAAGAACAAACUGAGGGUGUACUACCUCUCCUGGCUGAAGAGUAAGAUUCUGAAGGGGGAUACAGAUACUGAGAGAAGACAUGGUUGGGUGUCUGUUGGGGACUUAGAGGGGUGUGUCCACUAUAAAGUGGUCAAGUAUGAAAGAAUCAAGUUCUUGGUGAUUGCACUGAGAAACAGCAUUGAGGUGUACGCCUGGGCUCCCAAGCCGUACCACAAGUUCAUGGCUUUCAAGUCCUUCGGCGACCUUCUCCACAAACCCUUGAUGGUCGACCUGACGAUAGAGGAGGACAGCAGGCUCAAGGUCAUCUACGGGUCAGGAGCGGGAUUCCACGCCAUCGAUCUGGACACGUCGGCAGUGUACGACAUCUACAUCCCCACACAUCGGUUGCAGCUGUUGUUCCUCCACCAUCGACGCUCCUCUGUUUCCCACCUACAGAUCUCCAGUGGGAUCCUGCCACAUGCCAUCAUCACCCUACCAAACUCCAAAGGAAUGGACCUUCUGCUGUGCUAUGAAGACGAGGGGGUGUAUGUUAAUACAUAUGGCAAAGUCAUCAAGGACAUCGUUCUACAGUGGGGAGAGAUGCCCACAUCUGUUGCAUAUAUAGGGACAGGGCAGAUCAUGGGAUGGGGACAGAAGGCUAUCGAGAUCCGGUCAGUCGAGACUGGACAUCUGGACGGGGUCUUCAUGCACAAGAGGGCACAGAGACUCAAGUUCCUGUGUGAGAGGAAUGACAAGGUCUUCUUUGCAUCCACUCGCUCGGGAUCCAGCAGUCAAGUCUACUUCAUGACACUCAACAAAAUCCAAUGGUAACCACGGAAACAGUCGCCAUGACAACAGCAAGUGCAAGAGCUGUUUCCAUGAUAACGCGAUAGCCAUAGAUACAACAACUCCAGUAACCAAGACUCCGUCAACGACAACAACAGAUUCCAAGAUGAAGAAACACCAUUGGUUCAAAUUGAUUGAUUGACAGAUCCAUAUGGCACUGUCUCCAUAGUAACAAUGUAGAAGCUGUCUCCAUAGCAACAACAUUUUUUGCUGGGAUGACAGCAAAGUGUAAAGCUUCCAAGAUGUAAAAUCUACCAUACAUACCAACAACUAGCUGCUAGGACUUGUUUUGCUGUUGAUUAGGGAGGAAACAUUGUAAACAAACGGAGGGUGACGUCUUUUAAAAAGAACAGCAGAGGGUUGAAACAAUGAGAAUACAGUAAGAGGAAAGUCAAAAGGAAUGGUGCUGUCCAUAAGAGCUGUACUUUUAAUGGUACAGAAAAUGUUGUUUUUACAAGUGCUGACUUGUCCGGGCUGUACGUAGCUUUUAUGUAUGACUGUGUAGGACAAAAGUGGCCGUUAGUUAUUACAGUGUAACUGCCCAGAAUGACAUGCAAUGAAAAUAUGAUCUUUUAUGAUUGGAAAAAUGAUGACAACUUCCCUUGGAAGAAAAGACUUGCGGAGUCUCCCUGGACAGGGUUUAGUUGGUGUUUAAUGAUGAGAAGACUACUUGGUACAGAUGUAGCGUGUACAUUGCUGUAAGCGUAAGAUUGGACCCUACUAGGUCUGUAGUAUUACUUGUAUGUAUAGGUGAGAUAUGGAGGGACGGGAGUGUAGCUGAACCUACAGUACGUGUCAAAAUUGAUCGGCAUCAGAGACAGGUGCAAUGGACAACGUUUUUUUAUUACUGGUCUUGUUUGUUUUUACCAAUUGGAGAAAGAGAACGGUUUUCAUGUGCAAAUGCCAGCAUCCAUGGGUCGUCUCAACAUUUCAGUGAUCGUAAACUUCUAGGCAGGAAGUCACAUGAAAUUAUGAAUGUUAGCAAGCUGCGAAAUUGCAACAUUGUUACCAUUUCAUGUGAGGGGUUUUCGUAUGAGAAUAGGUACAGUUAGCGUUGGUGGGAUCUCAAAAAUUCAAGCCAUAGAAUCUGACUGCUAAAGAGACAUUUUUAUUGGUUAGUUUUGCAGAGUAUAACAGUCGUCUGCAUGUAUAGUAUAAUAUGAUAUGAUAUAUACUUACUACAUGUAUAUCUGGACCACUAUGGCAUAUUGCAUAUGUCACAAUCAUUCAAACAGGACUUUUUAUAACAACUUAACUGCUCUUUUUGGUACAGAAAAAGAAGUUAAGAUUAGAGAAAAGAUCAGUUAACUAGAUUAGAUUAGAAUGAUAAAUCAAGGGCAAACAUUGUUCUUUUUGUUGUAAUUUGCUACAUUGUGUAUAUUGUAUUGUUUGCAAGUUAUUGGUGAGAAAACUUGUUAAAUGAUGUCUUUAAACGUAUUCAUGGACAUAACUAUAUUUCAGCUUUGUUACCAAUCUGGAUAGUUAGCACUGUACCAACACAUAACACAUAGUCAAAUUUCUUGGCUCUCAUCUGAAUUGACCUUCCCCCCUUUUGAAAUGGUUGUGGCCUGUUGAUGUGGUAGUUUCAAACAGGAUUAUGGCAGGUGGAGGGGCAUGCCAUUUUACAGCGGGGGUGUCAAGUAGUAUAGGUUGAUGUUUUUACUGACUUGAAACAUUGCUUCAUAAGCAAUAUGUACAGGGUAAGGGGUGGACUGUAGGAGCUUGGGUUACGAUGGAGAUACGGACUGAACUACAUGAAAACGGGGGUUCAUGGAAGAACGUAUUAGUUAUUUAUUGGGGCGAACUUAGUGCCACAUGAAUAUCAGUGUCAAAGGGGGUGGAAGUGUUCGGGAGGGGGGUUAAGACAGACGUUCACCCCUACAAAUAUACCGUUUACGUGGUUUCACUUUGCGCUUGGAAGGAGAGAGAACAUUCAAACCUGGGUCUUAUUGGUGCUAUUGUCCUUACUUUUUAUUGGGAAAUUCUUAACUGAACUAUCGAACAGUCACUAUUCUAUCUCCAUCUGAGUAUAUAUGUACAGUGUGUUUACUUGUGUUCACACUAGCUAAAGCCAAGCCAUGACCCAGAAAAAGCAAUGCCAGAGUCAUUUCAUUCACUGCGACCGAAUAUACAAAAUGUACUGAAAACGUCUAGCCUAUAAUACAAUAUUGUUCAAACAAGUAACAGUAGGACAAGUAGGGGUUUCAAUGUAUGGUAGAUUGGCAGACAGUGGUAGGUGAAACUUCUACAGCAAUACAUAGACAUACCCAACACUACCCAUGGAUGUUAUGAUGUGUUGCCUUUGUCCAAAAACAAUUGUGUAUAACGAUAGGAUGUGGAAAAACUUUCAAAAUCCAUUUUUAUGUAAUGAUAUGCAUAUUGCAAAUCCCUUUGUAUUUUUAAACGUUUUUUCUGUUGUUUUAUUUUGUUUGUUUUUAGGUAGCUAUUUGCUGUUUUCAGAAGCCCUUGCUGUACUUGAGUGGCAAAAUUGUAGACUUAUUUGUAUUUUAUCCAGAGUUGAAAUUUUACCAACGGGAUGGAAAGAAGGGGUGAAAGGUGGAGGGUAAAGAGACCAUCAGUUUUUAUAAUUUUUAUUUUCAAAUGCACCAAGUCAAUAUUACAUGUUGUAUAUGAAUGUACAAAUGUUGUCAUCGGCUAAUGGCAGAAAAUGCCAAGUGAUAGUGACUUUAAUAAUAUCUUUCCAUUGCACCAUGUAAGGUUUAAAACCUCCUUUGUACCACUAAUUUAUGUCCGGAACACGUUACCUUCGGUGUGAGGUCUAGUCCUAGAAAUCCACAGUUGUUUAGAAGGUAUGGUAAUUUGUAUUCACACCACAAGAAUAUUAAUAAUAAUGGUAAUAUACUACAGCUACAAUGGAAUAUUUAUGUUUUUCCUGUUCUGUAACUCGCUAAUGUCUCGCUAGGGGACGCUGCUGGUGCAUGCUCAAGUGGAUAAAGAAACGCACUCCACGACACAACAACCAAUAAAUGCUUUUAUGGAACCG